CAGUUUGAUCGAACCAAUAAAGUAAACCACAUCGUAACAUGCCUCAGGCCAAUCUAAAGUUAAGUCCACAUGAUCAACAAGUGCUCGAUUCAAUUUUCAAUCCCCUCGAGCUCAGCAGCCUACAGACAAAUGACCUAAUUCCCGCUGAGUCCGACCUCAGGGAUGUGGAGCCGGACACCCAAGCCAUCAAAGCUUCCAGGGACCUGGAGCUAAGAGGCAUUGCGUUAUCCGAAAGUGGGGAGCUUGAUGAAGCCCUGGAUCUAUUUGAACAGUCAUUAAAUUUGGCCCAGAGGUCUUCGGUGCUAAAUAAUAGGGCACAAACUUUACGCCUUGCCAAACGCGAUGAGGAGGCCCUUGAUGACCUAAACCGAGCCCUGGAACUGGCCAGUGAUCAGCAGACCCGCACCAAGUGCCACGCCCACUGUCAGCGUGGGGUCCUUUAUCGUAAACUGGAUAAUUUAGAGGCGGCUCGUGCCGACUUCGAAGCAGCAGCCCAGCUGGGCAGUAAAUUCGCCAGGGAACAGCUAGUGGAAAUAAAUCCCUUUGCCGCUCUCUGCAAUCAAAUGCUUCGCCAGGCAUUCGAUCAGCUAAAGUAACAGGAUAUGCUCUAGAAUUUGUAUGAGAUUUUGGGUUACUGGCAUAUGUCUAAAUACCGAAAUGAGAAAAGUAAACAAAUUUUAAACCUUUGCGUUAAACAACAAACUAUUGCACUACUUGAAAUUUAAUAGAUUUUUGAUUCGGUACUCAGGAAAUCUAAUAGAGAAACCAAAAAUCUAUCCGUACGUUCUUAACUAGUAUUAAAAACUUCUCGAAUCUAAAUCAUUAAAUUUUCAAUAAAAUUUUCACUCUCAUUCACAUUCCUUAAAAUAAAUGUUUUAAAUAUAUAGCUAAAAAUUAAAAGUAAAGCAAAUUUGUUACUAUUAUUAUUAUUGUUAUUAAUAAUAAGUGACGUCAUAACAUUAUGCACAUAUUUUUUAUGAUUAAUGGGUAUAAAAUAACCUCCAAAAAAUACAAAACACUUAUCAGAAAAAACAAAAUUGUAGGUCGCUCAGCAAAGCAAAGCAAAGCAAAAUUAGUACUUUACAAUCUCUCAACUAUUAAGGUUGUUAACUCUUAAAAUGCUGAGAUCAGUUAGUUUUUUGUUGUGUGCGGCUAUUGUAUGGAACUUGAAUCCUAUCCUGGCAGAAAUCACAACUCUUAGAUGUUCAUGGAACAUAUGUACUGAAAUACAAGACAUUGAACGCGUAAAUAACAAUCUUCAAGAUGAAUUAAUGCAGCUAAAAGUAGAUUUUCACAAUUUAAUCGAGAGUAUAAAGGAUACCAAUAAUGUUUGCGAUUUAAAAUGCGGCACAGAAAUCUAUCAAGUGAAAUCCGAAAUGAUAGUAUUGUCCGUAAUACUGGUAAUCAUUGUGCUGGGUGUCCUCUUAAUUAUGCGGUUCAACUCGAAGGAUGCUAGAUCGCCCUCGGUAAGAUUGGGAACCCGGAGAUUGACAACCGGUCGCCAGUUGGAAUUGAUCGAAAGGCGACGCCCGGAAAGAGCAGAUUCCGGAAGUCCACCUCCGUACCCUGUAGCAGUAAACAUGCCGUCACAAAGAAGCGGUAUCACGGACGAAGAAAUUCCGAAGGACGAAGUUCCCCCGCCGGCAUAUACUGUGAACGUCGAAUAAUGAUGGGAAAAUUUGAUUUUAAGCAUUUGAAACAUUUCUAAAAAUCUAAGACCCUAAAAAUCCAUCCGUACGUUCUUUACUAGUAUUAAAAACUUCUCGGAUCUAAAUCAUUAAAUCAUCAAUUUGAUUUUUUAUGAAUUUUCAAUAAAAGUUUCACUAUUAUUCACAUUUCUUAAAA